UCUAUCACAUUUACAUUAAUUUUUGCUUUUCCUUUACAUGAAUUAUUCAAAAAGUACAUAUGAUUUACAUCUUUUUACAGGUAUACGUGACUUAUUUGCUGAUCUACCUACUAUUUUGUAUUGGUUCUUAUUGCGUAUGCAGUCUAGUCUUUCACCUAAUUCCAACACCUGCCGCUAAUCACGUUGACCAUUUAUGGUCAGCAAAAUGUUGUCUACCUUUCAUCGAUGAAUUCUCUAACUCUUUACAACAAAAAAUUGAAUUAAGAAUUAAUUAAAAAAUGAUAUGGUUUUCAGAAAAUUCUUUCAGCGAUAAAAAUUACAAAUGAUUUGUAGUAUUUCUAAGAAGUAUCAUUAUGAAGAAACUAUUGCUACACGAGAAAGGAAAAAUGCAUAGAAAGAAGAGAAAUUACAUAAUUCGCUAUUGCUGUUCAGAGGAAUGUGCGACACGUGAGAAUUACAAAGGUCCUACAAAAUAUUCUAAGAAUUGUAGGUCUCGAAAAUUUGUCAUUGCAGAGAAUCACGUAGCCACCUACAGUUUUAACACGUAGCUAACGAUGCUACGUGAUUGUGAUGUGCUAGGAUCCAGAUUGAUUAGUCGUAAGAUGACGUUGUUUUGAAUACGAUCGAAUUUAGUUCUCAUCGAUCAUUAAAACUGACAACACGAUACCAUAGGAGGAAGAGGAUAUAAGGACGUGUGAUGGAAUUUAAAAAAUGCAAAUCAAGUACUUUUAUUUGAAACAUAUACAUAGCAGUUACGUAAGUUCCUUUAAAGUUUAUGAAAUUUUGUAAUAAUAAACAUCUUGAGAGAUCAUUAAACUCAUCCCUCGUAAAUUCCGGAUUGCUCGAAUAGCAUACCCCCUACGAUUACAUGAUCUCGUCAUUGGCUGAUCGUGGAUCAGCGGUGGGGGAAGAUAUAAAAGCGGGUUACAUUCACGGAGCAGCGCAGUGUGCGACAGUUCGGAUUAGAUUUCGCGUCAGUUCGCGUCGCGGUUUCUAAAUUGUUUCUCAAAGAAUUUUUCAAAUUUUAUCAACGUGCCAUUGUUGGCCGUAAUUGGCAUAACGAAUUCGGUAUUAUUUCGAACGUAUGUAAUUUAUUUUAUUUUAUUUUUGUCAAUUACGGUUUUUCGACAAAACACGAGGAACCAUGUGUGUACGUACGGUUGUCGGUACCGAAAGCAGCAAGCCGGUAGCAGUAUACAACAACCAGCAGAACAAAUUUCAAAAAGCAAAAGAAAAAUACAUGAAGUUACACGACGAAAUGGUUGCUAAGGAGCUGGAAAUCAUCGAAGAACGGAAAAGUCAAACAGUCUUCAUACCAGAACUUGCCGAUGACAUUUUGAGGGCCAGCACCAUAAACUACAGCUCGUUGCUGAAAGUAUUAUCAAAGUAUUACGAGGCGAUACAGCAAACAAAGAUAUUCAAAAUUUUAUUCUACACCACGCAACCAGCUCACGUAAUCAUGAUCGCAGCAGUAUUGUGCGUAACAUCGGCUCUUGUAUCGACGACCGAGAGAACACAUGUUGGUCAUUCUCAAUCUAGAGCAACCUCUUUCAUCUACCUUGCAUCGUUCGUGAUGCAUCUUGGUGCCCAAGUCUGGAUGACAUUUGUCUCGGGUCUUUCGUUAUAUUUUGCAUUGCCAAGACACACGUUCGGAGAGGUACAACGUAUUUUGUUUCCGAGAUACUUUACCAUCAAUGCCUGUCUCAGUUUUACCACCCUUCUGAUAUUCGUCAAGUACCACCCAAUACACACAUGGAACACUGAAAUUGCCAUUCAGGUGGGUGCAAUGUUUAGCGCCUUCUUUUUGGAGCUACUGAUACGACUGUAUCUAACACCACCUCUUCUGCAACUGAUAGUACAAAAGAACACUUUGGAACGUGCCGCUGGAGUCGGCAAUGAAAUCGGUGUUCAUAAUCCAGGCCCAUUGAAACACUGCCCUCAUUAUUUAAAGAUUCAUCAAGCCUUUCGACGUGUUCACGUUUACAUUGCAAUGGGAAAUAUGCUAACCAUGGGAUGUACAGUGUUACAUCUUCAUUAUAUAGCUAGCAAAUUAUGCAUUCUUUAAAAAUGCGAUCAAUCCUCCUUGAAUUUCAUUGAAUACGCACGUAUUCAGAUGUUUCGUAUAACAGUGGGGAUGAAAUUUCAUGAUUAUUAUAAUAUGGUAGAAAGAAUGAGAGUUUAGCAUUUGUGCUUCUAAAUAUGCGAAAUAUUUAAUGAGAAUAUCUGACACAGUUUUUAGAAUGAAAAACAAGAAAUAUAUACUGCCAAGUUUUACCAUAAUUAAUUGUAUACGAAAGAAACUGAACUUGAUCUAUCCUUCGUAGAACGAGUAUUCAGUGUAAUUUAGUCACAUUUUCGUCGUAGAGAAUUUUAAUUCCUGAACGUUAUGAGCAUUUAAUGAACCUUCUGAAACGAAGAACAUUAGUUGUUUAAUUUAUUAUUAACGCAAUGCAUUAAUUAUAAUAAAAGUGCAAAAAAAAAAAAUAACGAUAAACGUAAGUCAUACUUUCACGUUUAUCCAUGAGAUUCUACAUUGAUAUUUUUAUUGUUAAUCGCUUCCUCUUUUUCUUUGAUUUUUUUCCAGAAAAGUGCAAUGUGCGUGCUUGUGGAGACUGUACGUAUGCCUUUUGAUUGAAAUGUAAGAAAAUAAAACGCAAUUUUAUCUGGAGGAAUGAAUGAAUCAUGAAUGAAAAAUAUGAUGUAGAAUAAAAGUGCAUGUUUUUAGUCUUUAUUUGUUUUAAGCAAAUAUACACAAAAUUUAAACGAGGACUUCCCUUCUUGAGGUAAUAACAAAGUCUUGCCAAAGUUUAAUAUAAAUUAUUAUAUAAAUGGUUUUAAUCGUUGAUAUUGAAUUGAAUUGAAAAUGUAAGGUAAUUAAAAACUUACUCUGUAUCAGAGUUAAUAAUAUUUAUUAAAGUAGCACUAGUAUAUAAUAGCUUAAUUUCUAUAAGUGUGUCAACUUGUUGGAUAUUCUAUAAAAGAAAAAAAAUAGAUAAAGGAUUAACUUAAAAAAUGAAUGUUUUAAUUCUGACUGGCUGCUAUUCCGACUCGCUACACGCAUUUCAUUAUUAUAAAUAAUGCAUUUCGCUCAUUAUGUAACUGUAAAUUAUAAAAUACUUGGAGUACCAAUAUAGAUUUUGCUCUUCUAAAAUUGAAAUCGUGUAAAUUAUGCAUCCCAUCACGUUACUUUCAGUACAGAGAACUAUGAUUCUUAAUGUAUAUAUUAAUUGACUUAAAUUAUUUUCACAUUAAUUUAAAUAAUUAAUGUAUUAAAAAAAAAAGAUCUAUUUUUAGCUACGAUUCUUACGACACAAUCUUACAAAUUUUAAAAGCUCGUGAGUAAUCACAUCGUUAUCUAAAUUAUUUCAUUAUUAAUAUUAGUAUCACCAACUCUAUUCGCUAAUAAUUUUCGCCAUUGUAAUAAAAUGAUUUGAUCUUUUUUAUUUUUAUUUAAUUAUGAAUAUAUGAUGUAAUAUGAUGUCAUUAUAUAUUUUUAAACAAGUCAUAUUAAUAAUACAGUCCAAUUCGUGUAUGGAAAACCUGUCACAAUAUUCUAAUCUUUCCUACAAAAUCAAGCAAAUAUGUAAAUAUAAACAUAUAUACAAUUUUAUAACGUAAUAGAUAUAUUUUAUUUUGCUUUAAUUUAUCAAAAAACGCUUGUCCAAGUUUAUUUAACAAUGUUUUUAAGAAGUAGAUCGAUUCAUUAUUUUGAAACUCAACUAAUCGUGCGUAUAUAUCAUCACAAAAUAAAAUACAUCAAUUACCAUCAUACAUUACAUAAAUAUAUAUUAUAUAUAUAUAUAUAUAUAUAGUUCAUCAGUCUCUAUACAUUGCAUCUUCAGGAUUUUACUUAUCGAUUAUUAAAGAAGUACUAUGUAACUUAAUUAGCAUUCAAUGAGCUCUUAUAAUUAUAUUAUUUUACUUAAUAUAGUCUAUGAUUGUUCAACGAACCUAAGAAUAAUAAAUACACGUAAGAUACCAGUGGCACAGUUUAAACACAUUGCGUCGAGUUAACAUAUAAGAACCUCCUUGAAUGGAUAUUUAAGAAAUUACUAAAAUUUAUAACCAACUAUUCAAUUUAACUCAACAUUACCCACACAUUGUGUCAGAUGUUUCUCUUAUCGAAUUUUCGAUAUCUUAAAAAGUAACUAAUAUUUGUACAUAACUAUUUUACAGGUACAAAAAAAAAAUCAUAUAAAACAUGCGAUAGUGACAAAAAUCUGUACAAAUAAUGAAAACCAUAAGAUGCAAUAAAUUUAAGUAAGAACUCGCA